UUUAUUCGCAAUGAAAAUGGCUGAUGAUGUCGGUCGAAAGUAUUUGCGAAUCAGAAGGCAAUUCGUACUGUUCAAUUGUUAAUUUUUCUGCGAUUUUCUUUAGUUCGGUGGUGUUUGUUUAUACUAGUUUUUAAAACUCCAGCGAUUUUUGUUCAGAGUUUGUUAUUAGUGAGCUACGGAUAAGUGGUGGGCAACGAAAGUAGAAGAACGUUUCAAAUAUUCUGACGAAAGUUCCGGAAACCAGUUGGCCGUGUCACUGAAUUUUUAGUAUAAAAGGUCGUGUUUUUGGAGGAAAGUCGUAUAUCACCAAUUAAAUUAUAAUUGAAUAUGACUGAAGAACAUCAGUUGCCUUCUGAUUCUGAUGAAGACGAUGAAGACUAUGUUCCUGAUGGUGUAGACAGUGAACCUGUAUCAGAGGUAGAAUCUGAAGGUGAUGCUGAAAGUGGUCCUGAAGAUGAAAACGAUGAAAAUAAACGGGAAACCACAAAGAAAGCAGGGACAAAGAGAAACAAGGUGACAAAGUCGAAGUCUAAGAAGCAUAGACGAGGAAAAAAAUUAAAGAAAUCUGAGGAGAAGGAAGAAGAGGAAGAAGAAGAAAAGGAAGAGUCGAAAGAGACGAAAAAACUUACUGAAGAAGAAGAAAAGAAAAGAGCUGAUUCACUUUGGGCUGAUUUUAUGAAAGAUACGGCAAUUGUAUCUAAAUCUAAGCCACAGGAGGCAAUAAGUAAAUCAAAAGAGAAAUCACCACCUUUAGAAAAGCCAAAAGUAGAGGAAAAAGUAAAGAUAACUAAAGUUUUUGAAUUUGCUGGAGAAGAGGUGAAGAUUGAAAAGGAAGUGCCAAUAGAUUCAGCAGAAGCUAGAUUAACACUUUCAUCUGCAGAAAAUUCGGAAAAGACUGGAAAUUCCACCGCUCCAGCAGGAAGAGGAUCUGGAAGAGGAAGAGGUUUCAAAAGAGCUGGUUUAGGAGGCAUUUCGUCAGUUCUUACUCAAAUUGGAAAAAAGGCGAAGAUCAGUACACUAGAGAAAUCCAAAUUAGAUUGGGAUAAUUAUAAGAAAGAAGAAAAUUUGGAAGAAGAAAUUAGUACUCAUAAUAAAGGCAAAGACGGGUAUUUGGAACGUCAAGACUUUUUACAAAGAGCUGAUUUACGACAGUUUGAAAUUGAAAAACAGUUACGCAAUGCAAACAGACGCAGUACGCGGUGAAUUUUUGUUUUAACACAUGUAUGUGUAUCUUCCCUAGCAAUGAGAGCCAGAGAUGAUACUAAGAGAAUAUCUUGUUAGAUUAAUCAGCUCUGAGCGCUUAUAUCACAUACUUAAUCUAAUUCCUCAAACUUUCAUUAAUAUCUCACAACAUAUAUAAAAAUGUGAUAGCCUUGCUUGGCUUGAUAAUUGGCUGGAUUUAGUUAUGAAGUGGUUGAAAGCCAAUUCUGUGAGAAGAGACUGAUCAUUCCAGUGUAUUGAAAAUAAUACAGUAUGUUAUGUAAUAGUUUAAUUUACCAUCCGAGAGCUUUGUCUCGAUCCGUUAUAUCACAGAACUUCGCAUCGAAGCAGGAUGUUUGAAGCUUGAUGCUUCAGAAGCAGAUAUAUUCUAAUCAAGCUCCAGAAUAAUUUUAUUUUGUUUCAGUGAAAAAGGAUGAUUGACGCAGUAUAAAUAGUAUAGGUAUUUAAUAAAAUCCGUUUGAAUGAUGACUGAAUACUUAUGAAUAUGUGUCUUAGAAACAAUCAUGACUUUUAUUUCGUUGAAAAUCACUGUCUUAGGCGAGUCAUUUAAAACAUAUUUACGAUAUUUCUAGACGAAAUGCAAAAUGAAGUCGUAGAUUAUUGACGCAGAUGAAGGUUCACAGUAGUUGUUUAUUUUUCAGCAGUAUGUGAAACUUAUUAAAAAUAUUCAACUUCAAGUUAUGUUAACAUAUCUGCGCAAAAAAUUGUAAUUUUUUAAAUUAAGCUUACAUUUUUUUAGAUACAUGUAAAAUAUGUUUCACACAUACAUACGAGAUUUCUUUACGUUUAUUCGAUAUCAUUGAACAAGAGAAAUAAUAAUAUUUAACAACUAUUUCAUGUUCAUCUUUAUAUAUUACAUAUUGGCUUUAUAUCAUUGUAUAAUUAUGACAAGGUCUACAAACACGUGGCCAAAAUUAUAGACUAAAAUUUUUAUUAGUCUUGCUGUUUUAUGUUGUGUCCUUUGCUUGAUGAUAUACUUUUUUUACCAUGA